GGAAGUAGGAACGUUUAGGAUUAGGAUCGUUUGACAACGGUGACGGUUUCUAAUCCGUUGAGAAAGUCAUUUUGAGUUUUCAAUUUUAAUUGUUGAAUAAAAUGAACCCUUUAACGAAUGUGAAGAAUCUACAGAAGAUAAAUCAGCGUGAAUUGGAACUUGGAGUGAUUGGUAAAAAGUCAUGGCAUGAUGAAUAUAAAGACAGUGCAUGGAUAUUUAUAGGUGGUCUACCCUAUGAUCUCACGGAGGGUGAUAUUGUCUGUGUCUUCUCUCAGUAUGGGGAGUUGGUGAAUAUAAAUUUAGUUCGUGACAAAGCGACAGGUAAAUCUAAAGGUUAUGGUUUUCUGUGUUACGAAGAUCAAAGAUCAACUGUUCUUGCUGUCGACAAUCUCAAUAGUUUUAAGCUGUGUGGAAGAGUGUUACGUGUAGAUCAUGUAUCAGAAUAUAAAUUACCUAAAGAAUUACAGGACAUUGACGACGUUACCAAGAAAAUACGCAAUGAAGGAAUAGCACCACGGACACCAAGUCCAGAACCCGAGUCGGAAGAAGAACAGGAGUAUGAAAUUCCAAUUAAAAAAAUUAAAACAGAACAGGGAUCUGAAAAAAAAAUCAAAAAAGAGAAGAAAAAGAAGAAGAAAAGAGAGAAAAAAGAAAAUUCAUCAGAGACGAGUAGUGAAUCUGACGCGGAAACUAGUAAAAAUGGCACUGGCAAAGUAAAAGAGGAAAAGGAGGAUCGUGGUUACGACCGAGCUAUGGCGAGAAAAUCACAUGAUUCUAACGACAGGAGACCUUGCCUCAACGAGGGUAGGGGUGAAAGAUCGAUGGAAGCUACUGGUGAUAGGAAUCAUAGCAACAGCGAGGGGAGACAAAGAACUCAGGAUGAUAGGUCAAUGGAAAAAUCUGAUGAUAGGAAUCGUCGCAACAGCGAGGGGAGACAGAGAAAUCGGGAUGAUAGGACGAUGGAAGCAACUGGUGAUAGGAAACAUCGAAAUAGGGAUGGUAGGUCGAUGGAAACAUCCGAUGAUAGGAAACAUGGCAAUAGCGAGGGUAGACAAAGAACUCGGGAUGAUAGGUCGAUGGAAGCACAUAGUAAACAAGGAAAUAGUGAGGGGAGACAUGAUAGUGAUAGAAUACAUCGCAGUAGUGAGGGGAGACAAAGAAUUCGGGAUGAUAGGUCGAUGGAAGCAACUAGGAAACAUGGCAAUAGCGAGGGAAGGCACGAUAGUGAUAGAAUACAUCGCAGUAGUGAGGGGAGACAAAGAACUCGGGAUGAUAGAUUAAUGGAAAUGGCUGGAGAUAGAAAGGAACAAAAUGAUAGCAGAGGCAGAGAAAGAUCUAGAUAUGAUCGAGAAGAUGAAAGACGUACUGACAGAGGGAUGAAUGAUAGAUAUGAGAGGAGGAAGGAAGUAGAAUGGAAUAGUGACAGAAACAGAAAUUAUCAGGAAGAUAGUUAUAGGCCAGAAACAAACACUAAUCGCUAUGGUAACGACAGCUUGUACAGAAGUCAUUAUAGAUCGGACACAGAGAGAUCACACCAAUAUAAUGAAUCGGAGCGAUAUACAAAUUCAGAUAGGUCCCAUGACAGAAACUCUUAUCGAUACCGCGAUUAUGAAAGUGAAAAACGAUCAGAUGAAUAUGAUAGACAUUGUGAAAGACCUAGUCGUGAAUAUCCAGACAGAGAUUUAAAUUCAGUGGAUAGCAGACACAAUCGUUUCGGAGAAUCUGUUCGUCAUGGAGAGUCAGAUGUUUACAGAGACUCUGAUCGUCAUAGAGAUUCCGAUCGUCAUAGAGAUUCCGAUCGUCAUAGAGACUCCGAUCGUCAUAGAGAUUCCGAUCGUCAUAGAGCUUCUGAUAGAUAUCAUGAUUCCAACCACCGUGAUAGAUCCUCUGGUCGUGAUAAGUAUCGGUGAUAGAUAGUUUUUGAAUUGUGCCCAGUAUUUGUGUUUGUUGAAGGCAGCAUUAAAUAUCAGGUUAUUAAA